AUGCCGAAUAAGACAUCACCAUCACCUAUCUCAUGGGCUCCUUCCCAAUAUUGGGAUGGCGAUGAUGGUCAGUGGUCAUCGUUUUCGAUACGAGUAGGUAAUCCGGGGCAGCUGGUACGAGUUCUGCCCUCGACAGCAGGCUCAGCGACUUGGGUCGUUAUGCCAGAUGGAUGUCAAGGUACUGCACCAAAUUGUAGUGAUUCUCGCGGUGGUCUUUUCAAUCAUAACCAAUCGAGCACAUGGAAGAAUCUGGGGCCAUUUACUUUGGCGCUAGAAUUGAAUCUCAACCAUAACGAGAGUGGGCUUUAUGGCCUAGACACAAUAUCACUAGGAUUGACUGACGCUGUUGGUGGGCCGACUUUGGAGUCUCAGGUCAUUGCUGGAAUUGCUACUAGUCAUUGGUAUACUGGCAUACUUGGCUUGCAACAGCAGCCGAUGAACCUGUCUAGCUUUACUCAGUCUGAGCCAAGUUUCCUAUCGUCGCUGAGAACGCGCAACCUGAUCCCAAGCCUUAGCUGGGCAUACACCGCCGGAGCCUACUAUCGUGCGUUUACCUCAUACCUUGACUUCCCCAUCGGUGAAUGGUAUGCUUACUGGCUUCAUGUAGAGUCGAGGGGCACUUUUGGGAGCCUUACAUUUGGUGGCUCUGAUCUCGCGAGAUACACACCAACAAACGUCUCUUUCGCCCUAGCCCAAGAUGUACAGCGAGAUACCGUUGUCGCCAUUCAGGCCAUCACAUCGACGUUCAACAAUGGAUCUGUAAGCAGUCUUUUGCCCUCGCCAACACUCGCAUUCAUCGACUCAACUGUACCAUAUAUCUAUCUUCCGGAAGAAGCGUGUAAGACAUUCGAGGCGCAACUCGGUCUUGUCUGGAACCAAAAGCAAAACUUGUACUUCGUAGAUCAGACUCUUCACGAUACUCUAUCGAAUUUGCAACCGCGUUUUACGUUCCGUCUCGGCAAUGAUAAGAUCACGGGACCGACCGUCAACAUCACUCUACCAUAUUCGAGCUUUGAUCUUACUAUAAAGCCACCACUUCUCCCGAAUGAGACAUCAUACUUCCCUCUCAGACGCGGUAACGAUAGUCAGAUAACGUUGGGGCGGGCCUUUCUGCAAGAAGCAUACCUCAUCACUGACUAUGAUCAAGGGAAUUUUACGGUAGCCCAGGCCAUACAUAAUGACACAGCCAAACCUCAGCUCGUACCGAUACCAUGGAAUGCCACAGUUAGCUCUGCCUCUAAUCAUCACCUCAGUCAGAAAGAGAAGAUAGGUAUCAGCGUGGGCUCGGUGGUAUUAGGGAUCUUAAUCUUGCUGGCAAUCUUCUACAUCCUUCUACGGCGACGGAAGUCCCGGGCCUUAACGCAAAACCGCCUCCCAGAACUUUCGCCAGACGCAGCCACCGGUUCACAAAAGAUGCAAUUCUAUGCCACACAUGAAAUUGGUCAUCAAAGUGUCAAGGAACUGCAUAACAUCUCACACCAUAUAGAAUUGUUGAAUGAGAAAGCUGCAUCUGGUUCCGGACAAACUAUGAAUGAGCUCCCAAGUAAGGCUCAUAUAUCUCAAUAUGAAUUACCCGCAUCAAUGAUUGCGGACGGCAAGUCAUCAUGUUCGACCGACACCAUGCCUUCAUCGCCCGACGAAGCGCGACAAAGUAUUCAAGAAGCAUCAUUAAGUGAUACAGUAGUUGCGUCGGACUCCUUUGGAGAUCGCAACUCGUCAUCGUUGGCGCAGAAUGCAUCACUAAGAUCUGGAAUAUCAUCGCGAUUGGGUCGCACCGGACAGUUACCCAUAUCACCUAGAUUGGGACCAAACCUAGCUACACAACCCACGCCAAACUCAGUCAGGAUUACAGACAAGUCUAGUACUCGGUUGAACAAACCCCUUCCCAAAGUGCCACCCUCGCCACGCUGGUCUGACAACAACACCCUAUGUCACAAAACAUUAUCUCCAGCGCAAAAUCUCGACAGCAACAGAGUAUCACCAGUGGCCUUGCCAAGAGCUGGGGGUAGGUCAUUCGGAAACUCCAUGAGACCAACACCAAGUCCAGCAAUGUCGCAAAUGUCUACCUACGCAGCUGUCUUUGAUGUUGAGGAGUAUACCUCAGAUGCCGAACAACCCGAGAGGUACCGUGAAGACAAAUGA